CUAGCUGAGCUCUUCUACCUGCCCUAUGAGUACGGACCCAAGGCCCUGCACAUGCUCAAGGAGUUCAAUUGGCUACGGGCCAACUGCAGCACCGUCAGCGUCAACUGCAAGGGCAAGGAGCCAGAGAAGGUAGGUGGGAAGGGGAUACCUAGUCAGUUCCACAACUAAAUGCAUUCAACCUAAAUGUGUCUUCCGCAUUUAACCCAACCCCUCUGAAUCAGAGAGGUGUGGGGGGCUGACUUUAUCGACGUCAUCGGUGUCCGGGGAGCAGUUCAUGUUGGAGGGUUAACCCAUAUGUCUAAGCCUGGAGAGGGAGGGGUUCUACUAUGCUAUAUGGAAUUGUUUUAAGAAUGUCAUACCAAGGAUCAUUUUGCUAUUUGAUUUAGAAUUUUAAGACGCCUUGGAAGUAUCAAAAUGUAUAUAAAAAUAAUUAGAUACAUUAUUUUUGGCCUUACUGCCAUUAGCCCGUACGAACACAUUGAAUAACAGAUUCACUACAUGGAACAACAAGUAGUCCCCCCCAAAAAAAAAUCUAAAGGAAGUUUCUUCUGAACUGUCUGUCCUUUAUCUGAGAGAUAUAUAAGAAGAUCAGUAAAUAUUUUUUUAAUUUUUUGAGCACUAAACAGUAUCUAUUUAUUUAUUAAUCUAAUCUUUCUAUAUUUUUUUCAACUGUUCCCUCUGUGCGGCAGUCCCGGGGGAGCUGCGCAGAAGAAAUGUCAUCCUGCGCAGAGAAGCACGAGAUUGAACUUUUCCCUGUUAUUUAACACGAUCAAUGUUUCCCUUUACUGUGGGAAUUGUGAUCGAAUCAACUCAAGAUUAGCCACUUUCAAUGCAACAUACCGAAACAAAACGAAACUAUGCAAGAGGUUUUGUUGUAGGCAGAAUGCAUCGGAGUAGGAUUCUAUUGCAUUGACAGGCACGACUCAGGCCCUACUCUACACAGACUGGUGCGCCAUAACCCAUCAGAGCUGCAGUAGGCCUAUACAGUGCAUUCGGAAAGUAUUCAGACCCUUUGACUUUUUCUACAUUUUGUUAAGUUACAGCCUUAUUCUAAAAUGGAUUACAUUGUUUUGUUUUUUUAAAUCAAUCUACACACAAUACCCCAUAAUGACAAGGCGAAACACGUUUUUAGACAUUUUUGUAAAUUGACAAAAAACUGAAAUAUCACAUAGUAUUCGGACCAUUUACUCAGUACUUUGUUGAAGCACCUUUGGCAGCGAUUACAGCCUCAAGUCUUCUUGGGUAUGACACUACAAGCUUGGCACACCUGUAUUUUGGGAGUUUCUUCCCAUUCUUCUCUGCAGAUCCUCUCAAGCUCUGUCAGGUUGGAUGGGGAGCGUCGCUGCACAGCUAUUUUCAGGUCUCUCCAGAGAUGUUCGAUUGGGUUCAAGUCCGGGCUCUGGCUGGACCACUCAAGGACAUUCAGAGACUUGUCCCGAAGCCACUCCUGUGUUGUCUUUGCUGUGUGCUUAGGGUUGUUGUCCUGUUGGAAGGUGAACCUUCGCCCCAGUCGGAGGUCCUGAGCGCUCUGGAGCAGGUUUUCAUAAAGGAUCUCUCUGUACUUUGCUCGGUUCAUCUUUCCCUUGAUCCUGACUAGUCUUCCAGUCCCUGCCGCUGAAAAACAUCCCCACAGCGUGAUGCUGCCACCAUGCUUCACCGUAGGGAUGGUGCCAGGUUUCCUCCAGAUGUGACGCUUGGCAUCCAGGCCGAAGAGUUCAACUUGGUUUCAUCAGACCAGAGAAUCUUGUUUCUCAUGGUCUGAGAGUCUUAAGGUGCCUUUUGGCAAACUCCCAAGAGGGCUGUCAUGUGCCCUCUACUGAGGAGUGCCCUAAUGAACACCACCCUGUUUCCUGUUCCCCAGGUAGCGGAGUGGCAGUCCCGGGCGGUGAAGUUUGAGGAGAUGUGUUGUUCGGUCAUCCAGAUGUUCACCAGGCUGUCUAACUCAGCCAACCGCACCAUCCUUUACGACCUCUACCCCUACAUCUGGGACAUCAAGAGCAUCAUGUCCAUGGUCAAGUCCUUUGUCCAGUGGCUAGGUAUGCAUGGACACACUCCCACUCUCACACACACACCGAAUAGGUACAGCUUGCUCAGAGCAGCAGAACAGUAAGUGUAGGACAUGAAACACAUAUAGGUUUGGGGAAAAAUACGUCAAGUCUUUAAGCUUUAUGGUGAAGUCUCAUGGUUAGUUUGGAUAAGCUCAAUACAUACACAAAGGUGAAUAUCAUUUUGGUAAGCUUCUGUAUGAGCAUUAAAGAUGUGUUUAUGGCCAUAUUGCAGUUUCUCCAUGAUAAAGAUUGAUAGUGCAGCAGAAUGAUCUUUCAUCUGCCAUCCAGUCUUUGGUAGUUUAGUCAUGCACAUAUUAAUUAAUCAUCUGCACAUGUGCUGUAUCUAUAGUGCCCACUGCCCAGUCUGCUUAACAGAUGGAUUAAGUGUAUUUGUAGACUUAGCAAUGCAACAUUUCACCUCUGUUGGCUUUCACCUGUGUUCAAGGUGAGUCUAGAGCAGACCGUCUCACUCAUAUUGUCAGCUCUUCCAGCUAGUUUUAGGAUAACUUUGGCUUAGCUUAUAUAUCCAUCAGUGACAGAUACAGACAUAUUUUCAAUUGUUGUUUUGAUUUGUUUUAUUACACUUUUCGAUUUGUUGAUUUUACUUUGACUGACUGAAUGCCGCUUGCACUGCUAGCCCCCCUACAUUAGCCAUACAUGAAUUGGUCCUACACAACUAAGUGAAUUGUCAGUAUCAGUGGUGACAGGUCCAGAGAUGGGGUACUGCUGCUUGCUAUGUGUGGUGGCUGCUGCGUUCUCACACACACACACACACACACACACACACACCUGCUGCCAGCCCUCUGUCUGGGGGGUGGGACGCAUGGGUAACUCCCCCACUCCCACCCCGUAGCAUGCCUGCGAGCUUGGAGAGCAAGGUGACUGACCUGAAAAGGCCAUUCUGGUGCAUAAACAAAGAUGGUGAUCGAAUAUCUGAGCCGAGUUAUUAUUGAUACAAUCGAUCCAUAUUGAAACUAUUAAUUUCAUAAAAUGUCCUCACUGAGUAAUGCAGUAACUGCGGACGUCUGCAAAGUCAGUGCAGAGCCUAUUCUCAGCACAUGCUCUGUGUACCAGUGUUAUUGCUGGAUCAUAGUGCUUAGCCUCUACUGAAGAAUUCCUUCUGGCUGUAUCAUAGCCAAGACUCCUUGAACUUAGUCACUCCAUCUUACACACCACUCACUGAUACAUGCACGCGCGCACACACACACACACACACACACACACACUUCACCUGCAUGUAACAUGUCUUGAUAAUGAGUCAACCAGACAGGGAUCCUGAAUGUAGUACCCUGAUACAGUUUUUAACAACAUUUUGAUCAAUUCUGAAGCACAAGCAUGGCCUGUAGGUUACACAAUAACCAUGUUUCAUUCACAGGUUUCUGUCCAGAGCUGGGAACUCUAACCUAUACAGUACACAGCAGGCAGCAAACCCACACUGGCAGAACCACAGCUAAUUCAAAGCUAUAACGGCAUUAUGAAGCCUUAUAAACCAGUAUAACAUUUUAAAGCAUCACCAGCUGUGGGCUAGCUAGACAGAACAUAAAGCAAUCUAAAGGCUUUCCCACAUCUGGUGAACCAGUUGGUGUGUAGACAACUUUUCACGCUUCUCUUUUAUAACUAAACUGCGCUCGAGGCACAAUCAAAGAGCACUAUUCUAAGUAUCCGUCCCCUUAUUGGUCUGUAGCUGUGCAGCCGGCAGUCAGUCUUACCUCCUCCCUGGUGUUGUUACUGAGACACAUUUACUAAUGACCAUCUUCUACUGUUCUCUCCCUUCACCGUGUGCAGAUGGACAAAUCCUCAGUACCAGUUUCUACUGCUAUUGGAUCACCACUGGCCAAUGUCUGCACAGGCCACCUUUUUUGAUCGGUUAUUGUUUUUAUUUGGUUUUUAUUUGAUUUUUAUAUCAGAUCAGGAUAUUUGAUAUGGGUGAUGGAAGUCAGUCACAUUUUGCACAGCCAAACGUUAGUAGCGAGAGAGAAACGUUAAUGUGUUUUAAAUCUUAUUUUCUCUGACAGCGUUCGUUUCUCUCUAACAUGUUUGUUUUUACAAGUAGGCCUUUUCAUGGAAGUGGCUUAAACCAGCACUGGAUGCACCUACACACUGGGGUUCACAUCUGGCGUUCAGAAUGUUAGUCUCUCUACCAUCCUCCCAUAGUCUGGGUUUACUACUACAGUUUACACCACAUUUUCAAAAUGUUGCUUUGAAAGUGACUGGUCGUUUUGUUCAUGAAAGCGACUAGCAACUUACAUUGCAACGUGACACGCUGAGACAAACAGAACUGUGAAAUAACUGUCGUUUUAUUAACAUAGAUAUGUGUCUCCAAUAAUUAUUUGAUGUCAACCACUGGCGAAUGGUGGCGCUUUACUCCCAAGCACCUGAAAGCUAGCUGUGAGUUCCUCCCUGUGGAUGCAUCUAUAUGCUGAGUGGAGCCAGCCUCAUCAGAGGAGGUGUUCUAGGUGUCAGGGUGAGGUUGUUAUGAUAUGUUAUAGCAGGAGCGUGGACUCGUGUCCUCUUCUCGCGCUGUGUCUGUCUCUUCACAUGACAGGAGACAUCACCACCAGGUUUGGUAUCGUCUAUCAAUCUGAUCUUACUCUAUAUAGCACUUUUUUUGUCACAAAGUGCUUCACAGGCACAGCAACCAAUGAUGGCAACCGCAAUGGCAACUAUUCAUAUGUUUGAAAGGUGUGACUGACAAUCGUAGUUUCAAAGUUGCUCUCGUAAGAACGGAGCGGCGUGCCAACACCACAGUACUCCCCAAUCAAGCGACCGUUUGAGGUGCACUAAACUUUGCACCCCUUUUAGUUUUGUCUUUGCACAGCGCUCUCCUCUCUAAGUUGAGGUUUUUUUAAAGCCUCUCUUUCUUCCUGGUUUGAGUCCUGCUCCCUGGUCAUGUGAUAAGGCAGGUUAGAUGAGAAUGUUACUUCAGAUGAGGUGCUGGGGUCAGUGGGGCAACUGCAGCUGAAGCUUACACGGUAGGCCGAGUUCCCCCUAGACACUGAACUAAGGUCAGAUUAGGCAAUUUAGAGCAUGAAUGACUUGGAAGCUUUCACUGCAGGUGAACCAGAAUCCGACUGUCGAUUGUCGAAUUGAUUCAGGCUUUAUAACCUCAAUGAUUCCUCCCAGUUGAGAAACACCAAAGUAAGCUUCAGUUGCUCGAGCCCCAAGUCCAACUAAACCCAUUUCAUACAAAUAAAAUUGUAGUUUUUAUAAUUUAAAAAGCAUUUUCUUUUCUUUGGAGUGAUUGGAAAAUAAUGAUAACCUAAGACCCUCCACAAACCAUCCCCCCCACCCCGCGACCUGUCAGCGAGUUUGUCUUAUCUCUGGUCCCCAUGGUAAUGCUGUGUCCCUCCGGCUCUGUGUGCUCCUAACAGGGUGCCGUAGUCAGGCCACUGCACAGUUCCUUAGUGGAGACCAAGAGCCUUGGGCCUUUAGGGGCGGUCUAGCAGGAGAGUUCCAGGUAUAUACCUACGCACUGACUUCACAGAUCAUAAAACUGUUUGUAAUGCUAGUAAAGAAAAUUGUAUUUAGUCUUGUGUUGAAGAGAAAGUGGUUGUUGCGCACAGCAGAUGUGAAAGGGUUUGGUCUGUCUAAGGUGGGCUGAUCAUGACUAGGAAGGGGUAUACCUCCGAAACGUACGAUAAUUUAUAUAAUAAGUCCAUGUCUUGGGACAGAGUGCCUGUGAGUUUCUAAAGGCAUUGAUCCAACCAGCAUCUGGUAUGGUCCGAUCAGUCUGAAAAGGGAAAGGGUGAACUGACACCAUAAAAAGCUGAAGGAGUCACACCAAGGCAGUGUUUUUCUAAUCCUACAUUUUCUGAAAAUGUGAAUUUCCCUCAGCCGACUGCCCAAAGGAGAUGCUGCUUUUCCAUGGGGCACGCAUUCUACUAAUUCUCCGCGUGGCAUUGCUAGGGUUAGAUUUCCAUGACAUGUCAUUUAUUUGCAGGAAAAGCUCAGUGCAAAAUUCUCCCAUUUGCACACGCAAGCAUCGCAUCGCAGCACCAGCGAGAACGAAAGUGACACCGCCCGCUCAAAAAACUCCAUGAGCAAACACGGUAUUCCUAGACUAAGAUCAGAUAACCCAAGUUGGAAACAGUUUUUUUCUUCUUCAACUUUGUAGCAGUUGAUCUUUUAAAAGACUUGGUUGGUCUUCAAUCAAAAAUCGAAUCAAAUUUUUUUCGUCACAUGCUUCGUAAACAGCAGUUGUGGACAAACAGUGAAAUGCUUACUUAAGGGCCCAUCCCAACAAUGCAGAGAGAAAGAAAAUAGAGAGAUAAGUAAUAAUAGAUACAAAAUCAGUAACGAUAACUUUGCUAUAUACAAUGGGUACCAGUACCGAUGAAUGUGAAGGGGUCUGAGGUAAUUUAGUUAGAUACAGUGCAUUUGGAAAGUAUUCAGAUCCCUUCCACUUUUCCACAUUUUGUUACAUUACAGCCUUAUUCUAAAAUGGAUUAAAUUCAUUUUUUUCUUCAUCAAUCUACACACAAUACCCCAUAAUGACAAAGCAAAAACAGGUUUUUAGAAAUGUUUGCACAUUUAUUACAAAUAAACAGAUACCUUAUUUACAUAAGUAUUCAGACCGUUUGCUAUGAGACUCGGAAUUGAGCUCAGGUGCAUCCUAUUUCCAUUGAUCAUCCUUGAUGUUUCUACAACUUGAUUGUAGUCCACCUGUGGUAAAUUCAAUUGAUUGGAAAGGCACACACCUGUCUAUAUAAGGUCCAACUGAGUAAAAACCCAGCCAUGAGGUCGAAGGAAUUGUCCUUAGAGCUCUGAGACAGGAUUAUGUCGAGGCUCAGAUCUGGGGAAGGGUACCAAAACAUUUCUGCAGCAUUGAAGGUCCCCAAGAACACAGUGGUCUCCAUCAUUCUUAAAUUGAAGAAGUUUGGAACCACCAAGACCCUUCCUAGAGCUGGCUGCCCGGACAGACUGAGCAAUCGAGGGAGAAGGGCCUUGGUCAGGGAGGUGACCAAGAACCCGAUGGUAACUCUGACAGAGCUCCAGAGUUCCGCUGUGGAGAUGGGAGAAACUUCCAGAAGGACAACCAUCUCUGCAGCACUCCACCAAUCAGACCUUUAUAUUAGAGUGGCCAGACGGAAGCCACUCCUCAGUAAAAGGCACAUGACAGCCCACUUGGAGUUUGCCAAAAGGCACCUAAAGGACUCUCAGACCAUGAGAAACAAGAUUCUCUGGUCUGAUGAAACCAAGAUUGAACUCUUUUGGCCUGAAUGCCAAGCGUCACGUCUGGAGGACACCUGGCACCAUCCCUACGGUGAAGCAUGGUGGUGGCAGCAUCAUGCUGUGGGGAUGUUUUUCAGCGGCAGGGACUGGGAGACUAGUCAGGAUUGAGGGAAAGAUGAACGGAGCAAAGUACAGAGAUCUUUUGAUUAAAACCUGCUCCAGAGCGCACAGGACCUCAGACUGGGUUGAAGGUUCACCUUCCAACAGGACAACGACCCUAAGCACACAGCCAAGACAACGCAGGAGUGGCUUCGGAACAAGUCUCUGAAUGUCCUUGAGUGGCCCAGCCAGAGCCCGGACUUGAACCCGAUCGAACAUCUCUGGAGAGACUUGAAAAUAGCUGUGCAGCGACGCUCCCAAUCCAACCUGACAGAGCUUGAGAGGAUCUACAGAGAAGAAUGGGAGAAACUCCCCAAAUACAGGUCUGCCAAGCUUGUAGCAUCAUACCCAAGAAGACAAGGCUGUAAUUGCUGCCAAAGGUGCUUCAACAAAGUACUGAGUAAAGGGUCUGAAUACUGUAAAUGUGAUAUUUCAGUUUUUGUAUUUUUAUAAAUUAGCAAAAAAUUGUUAACCUGUUUUUGCUUUGUCGUUAUGGGGUAUUGUGUAGAUUUGAGGGAAUAAAAAAAAAAUCGAUUUUAGAAUAAGGCUGUAACGUAACAAUGUGAAAACAUCAAGGGGUCUGAAUACUUUCCAAAUGCACUGUAUGUACAUAUAACUAGGAAUAAAGUGACAGAUAGUAAACGGUAGCAGCAGCAUAUGUGAUAAGUCAAAGUUUGUGCAAGAAAGGUCAAUGCAGAUGGUCCGGGUAGCUAUUUGGUUAACUAUAUAUCUAACUAUUUAGCAGUCUUAUGGCUUGGGGGUAGAGUAUGUUCAGGGUUCUGUUGGUUCCAGACUUGGUCUUUAGCUGUAUCUAAUGUUUAAUAUACUGUCACUAGUGAAAAUCUACACCCCUUGCACAGUUUUCACAUUUUGCUGCCUUUAAAAUUAAAUAAAAAAAGGAAUUCAAUUAGAUUUUUCUUUUAACCAACUACCUACUCCACAUUUUCAAAGUGAAAGAAAAAUUAUAGAAAAUGGACAGCAAUAUUCAAACCUUGUCUUUUGAUUUUCAAGCUAAUGCAAGUCAUGACUGAGACUGGACCACUCAGGAACACCCAACAGUUCUUGGAAAGCCAUUCUGGUGUGUCUUUGACAUCCAAAAUAUGUGUCAUUGAAAAAUACCUCUAUCCCAGGGUUAGGUUUUCAGAAGACUGAGGUGGGUUUUCCUCCAACUUUUUAGCCGGGCUUAGGUCCUUUUCAUAUUUUUUUUGGAUCCUGACAAACUCCCCAGUCCCAGCCGAUAACGAGCAUACCCAUAACAUGAUGCUGCCACCACAAUAGUUGAAAAUACAGAGGGUUUCACUCUGUGUUGUAUUGCAUUUGACCUAAGCCUGUAGUUUUUCAUUUAGGCCAAAGAGUUUUGAUGUGUUGUCUUGCAGUGUUAAACUUAAAUCUGUUUGAAUAUUGCUGUCCAUCCAUGAUCCCCAACCAAAUUUACUGAGCUGGAUCAAUUUUGACAAAAACAACGGACUUGUACAAAGCUGGUAGAAUCUUAUUCAAAAUGAUUCACAGCUGUAAUGGCUGCCUAAGGUGCUUCCACCAUGUAUUUACUCUGGGGGGUGAAGACAUACGCAAUCAAGACGUCUACGUUUUUUUGUUUAUUUUAUUAAUUUCACUUUGAAAAGGUGUAGUAGGUUGUGUACAUUAGUAGGAAAACAAUCUAAUGGAAUACGUGUUUUUUAAAUUUAAUUUCAAGGCAGCAAAAUGUGAAGAUUGUGCAAGGGGUGCAUAGACUUUCACUAGGCAUCGUAUGUUAGAAUAACGUUUUACUUGUGGAGUUUUGCUCCUGGAGUUUUCUCAUUGUCAGCGCCAGCAUCAUGACUUCUCUCUACAGGAGGUCCAUGGGCCCUGGGCCCUGCGCAACAGCUCUAAGCGAUGCCUUAGACCAGACACAGGGAAUGGAGCAGCAACAUCUCCUUUAGCCAACAGCACCUUUCUGAGACCAAGCCUUUGCUCCUCCAAUAUACACCUAUAUUCCUGUCUUUAAAAAGAACAUUCUGUAUGCGCUAUGCUCUCAUAAGAACAGAUGUGAUGAUUUGCUGCUGCUGUUCACUGUCAAGCCAAAAGUGCCACAGAAGCCAUUUUUUAGUAACGUUACUUCCAAAUCUUGGACCAUUGGCUGGUUUAGCCUUCCUUUGACAUCCAGCUGUUGUUGGUGCCACAGUGUCCCAGCAGUAGCAAAUAAGUCUGAAACGGUGAAUGCAGAGACCCAGUGCCUGGUGUCAGUUUGACUGAAACUGUUUCUUUUGAUCCCCGGACAGAGAUUCUUGCCGAUCGAUGGGGCAAACGAUCUUUUCUUCCAGCCUCCCCCCGCACUGCCAACAUCCAAAAUCUAUUCCAUCAGGCCCUGCUAUCCUAAAGAUGAGGUGAGGAGAGUCUUAUGGAUAAGAUUUCCUCUAUAUCAGUGGGUGUAUGGGUGGGUGUAAUUUCCCCCCUGGAUCAAUGAUUCCUGUAUUCAGUCAGUGAUUAGCUGAACAUACUGGGUGAAACGGCACGCUGUUGGUAUUCCCAUCUGAGCUAUCCUAGUUUUAAACAUGGCUUCUAGGCUCAUCUGCAGGCCUGCUCAUCCGUCCUGGACUGUCAGCAGUCUCCUCUAUUCCUGUGAGUGCCACGUGCUUAGUCCUCUCUAACUGCUUGUGUGUGUGUGUGUGUGUGUGUGUGUGUGUGUGUGUGUGUGUGUGUUCCAGCAUGCAGUGUAUAAGAUCUGCAGAGAGAUGUACUCUGAAGGAGUUGAGGAACUGCCCUUCUGUGGAGAGGAGCCAGACCUCAUAGGAGACAGGUAAGGACUUUUUUUUAUUUUAGUUGUCGCCCAACAUUAUUUUGAAAACAAUUAAAAUGGAGACAAUUCAACCUAAUGAAUGUUCAAUUGAGACUGAAAUGUUGGUAAAAAGAUUCAUUAAAUCUGUGCAGCAAAAUUAUCAGUGUGCUGGAGUUUCUUUUCAAUGUAGUAUACCUAACUAACAGUAUGUUUCUCCAGGUUAGUAGGAGGGUUCCUGAACCUGAGUCCAGACUAUGGGUUUGUCCUGGAGGAUGAGGAGGGGAUCUGUGGUUACGCUCUAGGCACCGUGGACGUCAAGCCCUUCGUCAAGAAGUGUAAGAUGAGCUGGAUCCCCUCCAUGCAGGAGAAAUACAACAAGCCUGACUGCCAGAAGGACCUUUCUGAGGCUGAGGUAGGAGACUGGGUUGACUGAGUUUCUUUAACUUUCUUUAUUCUAGCACUGUGACACUUAUUUUUGAAAAUAAGUUGUGCAAUGAAUGGGAUAUCUGCUGCCUACUUUGGUCAAAUGCACAAAUACCCCUUUCACACUACUGAACUGAGCCAAGCCAAUCCGAGCUGUACUGGGCUGGCCUGUGACAGGACAGUAACUGAGCCAGUACGUUCAGGUGGGCAUUGUUCGUUUGAAAAGGGUAUUAUUGUACGUUGCUAUAAGAGCGUCUGCUCAAUGACUAAAAUGUCAAACAAUUUCUCUUCCCUUCCUGUAGAAGAUGAUGUUGAGUUUCCAUGAGGAGGAGGAGGGCCUCCCAGAGUCGUUCCUCUCCAACUUCCCGUCCCUCAUUAAGAUGGACAUCCAUGCCAAGGUCAUCGAUCCCAGCGUGGCCAAGAGCAUGAUGGGAUGCCUGCUCUCCUCCCUCAAGGCCAAUGGUAGGUGGUGUCUACAGAACCUGUCUCAAUCAAUCAAGCACAUUUGCUAAUCUAUGAAUGGUCCCUAGCAACCAUCUAUGAAUCGACUUCAGUUGUCCGCAUCCCAAUUAUAAUGCAUAAGGAUGGUUGUCAUGAGCAUGUAGGACCCACUUAUUAUAAUGUUGUAUUAUCAUCUCAUAAUGGUCCUAACUAUAAGUACCAGCCAUUUUGAGUCAUACAUAGAGACGUAACAUUAUUAGCCUUAUAAUAGUACAUUAAGCAUAUCUGCAGGUUUUAAGUAGUGUUACGUAACUGUUACUUACUUAUGUUGUUAAGCUGUUGUUUACCCCCCCCCCCCCCCCCCCCAGGUUCCAUCGGUGCGUUCUGUGAGGUGCGUCAGGCAGACAAGAGGAUGAUAGACUUCUACAGUAAGCUGGGCUGCUUCGAGGUCGCCAAGAUGGAGGGCUUCCCCAAAGACAUCAUCAUAAUGGGCCGCAUCCUCUGAGGACAACGACGUCAUCACGGGACGCAGCUUCUGAGACCCAAGCAACCACGUAGCUGUGUAGAGAGCUUCAGUCAUCUGGGCUAAGGAUAACUGUCUGUUACCUUUACAAAACUACCAAUACUUGACGAUUUUAUACUUCAACCACCUGGACUAGACAAGGCUAGAGGCAUCCCAUUUUUUAGAUAGUGUUCAGAAACACAGCAGCUUGUACAGAUCCACUGUGCUGCCGCUAGAGGCCCAGAGCUCUGCCGGAUUGAAACAGAAUCCAAAACUGUAAGAGCCACAGUAGUCGUCUGCAGCCCUGUAAAGCCGUGUGUAUUUAUGGCGGGCGAUUUCCCUCCGUCAUUGGUCUCCAGAAUGGAGUGGCAGUGGCUGAUCCCCAUGCGGCUGCAGGAAGUAGGAGCUGGUCAGGUGCCAUCCGCUCCCAUUAGCCUUUCAGACCCUGUGACGUGACUGUCAGCAGCUGAAUGGGGGUCCGUCUGUCUCUCACAGUCAGGGGGUGUAUUUAGAUACUGCUGCAUCUCAAAUUGCACCCUAUUCUCAAUGUAACACAUUACUUUUGUCUGGUUGAAGGUAGUGCAGUGUAGAGAGAAUAAGGAGUGAUUAGAGACUUGGUCGUAUAUCCUGACACUGCACUCUGGUUAGGCCUAGCUGACAGGGGGGGAAGUUGGGGGAAAAGGGUCCUUUAAAAAAAAAAAGGGGCCUCUUUUGAACAGGUGGUCCCCCUAGCUUACUGAGUAAAGAGUGGUUUAUGCUUCCACCUAUACUGUAGAGUUUUCAACUCCCGAGUAUGAAAAAACAUUUGUCUCUUUGUGGUGUGUUACAGGUUCCUCAAUAGUUUACUUAAACAGUGUCAGACAUGCAGAGGAAAGCAUAUGUUGGAGUGUUCAAGGAGACUUCUGGAGACUUUAGUAGAUAGUUGUUUUCUGGAAACCCACCUGAGUAGAAAUGGAUAACCUUGAAGAUGUGGAAGUGGUCACGUAUGUUUCCACUCACUAAAAACAUGGUUCUCAGUCUAUUCCUUUAACUCUUUGCUUUUGGCCAUGCUUUUUUACAGUACUUUUUUAUGUUUGUAUAUUGCUUUUCUAUUGCCUUUUGGUUAAUUGCCUUUCAAUAUCAUUUUUGUACCUGUGGAUAUCUCCAAGGGGCCUAUUGCGCUGUACUGCAGAUCACAGGUGAUUUAUCAUGCACUCUUAUCUACUGUCAAUCCACCUGACUAAUACAUAAGGGAACAUGAGAAUGGGUGCGUUCAUUUUAGCUUGCCCGGUGCCCUGGGUGGUCUCAAAUGGGCAAACUCCGCCCUCCCGGUGCACGCUAAAACGAACAUACCUUGCCUCAAAGGUGGGCCAUCUGCUCUAAAAUGUCUCUAGAUUUUGUCACUAAUCCAGUGCUCUGGCUCUUAAACCAAGAGAGGUGCCUAAUCUCAAUAGUUUUUCUAACGUGAAAAUAGGCCGAAACAGUUUAGAUGCUUCAGCACUCCCGCUAUAAUACAGCUGCUCUAUUUCUCAACUUCAUUAGAUGCGCUGAGGAACAUUAGCCACUAACCUAAUUCUUAUCCAGGAGGACAGAAUAGAAAGAUACUAUGUAGAACAGAUGUGAUUCCAUGGCAAGCAGAAUGAGGAACCAUGUUGGCUGUGUACACCACAUUUCUAUCUGCAACACCAUACAACAUUGCACCCACUUGAAUAUCAUGCUACUGAGAGGCUGCUCUUCUCCUGGUUAGGACACUACCUACAUAGACAUGUCAAUUCAAACAUGCUGUUAAAGGAAUAUGAAAAUAAGACAAAAGUAUUUGGUUACCUAAUUUUGUCUUCUGCCUUUUGUAUUUUCUCAACGGGCACAAUCCUGAAUGCUUAUAAUCAGUCUAAACAUUUAACUAGUUAGAUUGCAGUCCUUUUAGUCUGCUCUAUUCAUCCAACCCAUCACCCUCUGGACUAGUAUUAUUCUGUGGUGGACAGGUAAGUACGUUUCCCAGAGAGAAUAGCAACAUGUAUCCUCCUAGUUCUCCACUGGUAUUGAAUGAUUUACUUUUUCUUAAGUAUAUAACAUCAGAUAUUUUGUCAUUGCUUGUGCUAUUUUUAAGAUUCCUUUUUUUCCUGCCUCUGGUGAUUUUGAAGGUAUAGCUGCAAUUGAAAGUGCUUCAAUUGUAGGCCUACAUUGAUGAUACAUACAUUGACAUUGUUAGUUUUUUUGGUGGGGAGGCAUUUAUUGAUAAAAAUGUACACUUUGUAUGUAAACGGAAAGUUGUGGUUAAUAAACAAUGAACCC